CCUACAGACAGAAACAUGGCAUUUAAUGGUACCUGGAAAAUAGACAGAAAUGAAAACUAUGAAAAGUUCAUGGAGGCGAUGGGUAUUAACAUGAUGAAAAGAAAGUUAGGAGCCCAUGAUAAUCUGAAGAUCACUAUUCAACAAGAUGGAAACAAAUUUACUAUCAAAGAAUCCAGCACCUUCCGUACCUUAGAUAUUGAAUUCACUCUGGGAGUCAGUUUUGAGUACAGCCUGGCUGAUGGGACUGAACUUACUGGUUCUUGGAACACAGAAGGAAAUAAACUUGUAGGAACAUUUACUAGAAAAGAUAAUGGAAAAGUACUCACAGCAUACAGAGAAAUCAUAGGUGAUGAACUUGUUCAGACCUACGUAUAUGAAGGAGUUGAAGCCAAGAGAGUCUUCAAAAGGGGCUAAGUACUUCAACCAGAACAGCACCAGAAUCAAAAAAACAAUGAAAAAAAGACCAUUUUCUACAUAUCUUCUGUUGUGUUUUUUUUUUCCCCUUUUAUCCCCUCACAGCACCUCCUAAGUUGCAAUUACUUAGCCCUGUUGAAAGCACAGGUUAGUUCCUUAUGUUUACUGUUUUGCCUUGAAUAAACAAAAUCCAAUUACAACUU